AUUAAAUAAAUGUUUAAUUAAUUAUUUUAAUAAAUUGAAAAGUAUUUAUAGUUUUUGUGCUAAAAAUGACUACAAUUUGACGAUUGGUUUGAAAUGUUUGUGAUCCAAAAAUGUCCGCAAAAAGUGAUCGACAAAUGGAUAGACAGACAACUCGUGUCCUCAGGAGUGACACAAAGAGGCAACGAAUGGAUACAAAAGCAUCGAAAGACUCUUUGGCCAGAAGUAGUCGUGUCCUCACGAGUCACACAAAGAGUAGACAAACAUUUGUUUCGUCAGCGAAAGACUCUUUCGACAGAUUUGGUGAUGAUUUGUGUCAACUAUUGUUGUCUUAUCUGUUACUCGAAGAGCGGUUCCGAUACGAAGAGGUGUCCAAACAGUGGCAGAGAGUUAUAUAUGAGACACAAACAUGUUUUGAUACAAUUGAGUACAGAAUUGGGAACCAAAUGA